AUGGCCAGGCCAUCAUUAUGCUGCUUAGAGAAUACCUGGGGCAGUCAGUAUAUGAUUCUCGCUAUACACAGUUUUAUGAUGAGGCGAUUACUCACUAUCGUCCCUCUUCUUUUAAGGGCAAAUGCAGUCCCGCUUGCCAACCCUAAUGUACAAGGCGUAUCGGAUUUUCCCGACAUCCUUCAUGAUAUCCUCCCUGGUUUGCUAGACCCCGGCUCAGGUCCAGGCUCCGAUUCACAUUCCGAAAUCGUGCCUCCCAUCCUAGGAUAUACCCUAACUUGGCAUGACGAAUUCUCCUCUUCAUCACAAUCCAGUUCGGACUCAGACUCAGGACACCUGCCCUCCUCGUCAGUCUGGCUCUUCGACACUGGAACCUCCUAUCCCGGCGGCGCCCCAGCAUGGGGAAACAAUGAGCUGCAAUCGUACACCACCUCACCGCGAAAUAUUCGCAUAACGCCACAGAACACGCUUCAAAUUAUCCCGCGUUUCUCCGGAAACAAUGGUACCGGCGAGGAAGGGCAGUGGACUAGCGCCCGCAUCGAAACAAGGACCACAUCCUUCGCCGCCGCUUCAGGCGGAAAGCUCUACAUCGAGUCUCGCCUGCGCACGGGAUGCGCUCCAAGCUCUCAGCAAAAGGGGAUCUGGCCUGCCUUCUGGGCAUUGGGGGAAUCCUUCAGGGGAAAUCCAACAAACUGGCCGAUGGCGUCAGAGUGGGAUAUCAUGGAGGUCAUCAACGGUGAGCCCACAGUCUAUAACACACUGCAUUGUGGAGUCGAUUCAAACGAGGGCGGUCCCUGCAAUGAGUAUAAUGGUUUGGGUAAUAGCGGCGUCAGUUGGAGCGGGUGUGACUGGCACGUUGUUGGGCUCGAGGUUGACCGAUCAGGCGCGUCCUUGCUUGGAGCUGGGUCUGGGGAAGGUGAAGGGUGGCAGGAGGAGACAUUGACCUGGUUCUUAGACGGCGAACAGGUCCAUCGUGUUUCUGGUGCUGAUGUUGGUCAUGAGACUGUUUGGAGAACUAUAGCGCACAAGGGUCAUUUUCUGCUGCUGAAUGUUGCCGUUGGUGGAAACUGGCCUGGGUAUCCAGACGAGAAUACGGUCGAUGGGGAGGAGGUGGCAAUGGAGGUGGACUAUGUGCGGGUGUGGAAUGCGGACGGCGUUGAUCUGUUAUAA